AUGGCCUCCAUGCUGCUUCGACGCCAGCUCGCGAGGGUGCCUCGCAUGGCGCGUCGUCAACUGUCGACCACCACGCAUCGCUGUGCGCAGCCGGCUUCGACCAGAAUUGAAAAGACAGGGACUCUUGGCGGGAAGUCCGCUUUUGACACUCACACCACGGAGGACCUGCAUGGUGUCGCUAUUCAGGAGAUCCUGGCCGAUGAGGGCUCUGCAAUGCGACAUUUUACGGGUGAGUUUUGGCCGCGUGAGCUCCCUCAGCACCCUGCUGCGCACGGUGUACUUCGUCUUAUCCUGGAGCUCAACGGAGAGGAAAUCUUGCGUGCAGACCCUCAUGUUGGUCUUCUUCAUCGUGGAACUGAGAAGCUCAUUGAAUACAAGACUUACAUCCAAGCUCUACCUUAUUUUGACCGUUUGGACUACGUAUCUAUGAUGACCAACGAACUCUGUUAUUCCCUCGCCGUCGAGAAAUUGCUCAACAUAGACGUACCGGAACGUGCCAAAUGGAUUCGAACCUUAUUCGGAGAGCUCACUCGUGUACUCAACCAUCUCAUGGCCGUCCUUACGCAUGCCAUGGAUGUUGGCGCAUUGACACCCUUCCUCUGGGGUUUCGAGGAGCGAGAGAAACUGAUGGAGUUCUACGAGCGUGUAUCCGGCGCGCGCAUGCAUGCCGCCUAUGUCCGACCUGGCGGUGUCGCAUUUGAUCUGCCACACGGCCUGCUCAAUGAUAUAUAUCAAUGGGCGACCCAAUUUAGCAGCAGAGUGGACGAGAUCGAGGAGGUCGUUACGGGCAACCGUAUCUGGAAAGAACGGACGAUAGGUGUUGGCGUGGUGACUGCUAAGGAGGCUAUGGAUUAUAGCUUCUCUGGGGUCAUGCUGCGCGGCAGCGGCGUCAAAUGGGACCUACGAAAAGUGGCGCCCUACGACAAGUACGCCGAGGUGGAAUUCGAUGUCCCUGUGGGCAAGAAUGGCGACUGCUAUGAUCGAUACCUCUGUCGUGUGCAAGAAUUCCGGGAGAGUUUACGUAUCAUUCACCAAUGUUUGAACAAGAUGCCGACCGGUGUUAUCAAAGUCGAUGACUACAAGCUCGUCCCCCCUCCUCGUGCGACUAUGAAGGAGAGCAUGGAGGCGCUUAUCCAUCACUUCAAGAUAUUCAGUGAAGGCUUCUCGGUACCCCCGGGUGAAACGUAUACUGCAAUCGAGGCGCCGAAAGGCGAAAUGGCUGUCUACUUGGUGUCCGACGGCACCAAUCGACCCUACCGAUGCAGUAUCCGUGCGCCAGGAUUUGCUCACCUCGCUGGCUCUGAUUUCAUGAUGAGAGGGCACACUGUCGCAGAUGUCGUUGCCAUCAUCGGGACGAUGGAUCUUGUGUUCGGCGAGGUGGAUCGGUGAAACCGGAUGCGAUAUUACCGCCUGUAUAUGUGCAGUAUGUGAUGACAUCUUUACGUCAUAUCCACGGCGCGAACUGGCCAGCAGCCUCCUUUUUUCCGUUUUGAGCUGCUCGAAAUGGCAUCGCCGAAGUACGCGUACCGAGUCCGAGAAAGCCAGGUCUCGUUAGACCCAGUCUGAAACAAACAAAAGACGGACAGACACCAUGCAAUACGAUGCAAUGCGUACUCGUCAUAACGGGACCGUACUGUAGAGACUGUACAAGCUACCGGGUUACAGGAAACGAAACCACUACGCUCAAGUGAUGAAAUCACGUAGAUGUCCAUAGAACCAAGUCCUUGCGAGAAUUAAGCUAUCACCCUAGGCCCUAUUGAUGCAGUUCGCUCGAGUCAAACCAUUUUUGGGAUAGUCCACCCUCAGAGGGCAACGACAGCCAUGCCGGCGACGGCAGCGAGGCCCAUGACGGCGAGGCUGCCGACGUUAGUCGACGUGAAACCGAAUUUGACGGGAGAAGCGGAGCUGUUGAAGUUGGUGCCGGUGGAUGAGGAGGCGCUAGAUGUACCAGAGCUGGAGCCAGAGGGCACAGUAGCACUUGUGCUAGCCCCCGAAGAAGCGGCCGAAGCCGAGUUCGUGGUGCCGAAGCCCGAAGUCGUGGAUACUACCGCUGUAGAACCUGUCGCCGUAGUCAAGGCUGAUCCACUGCUUGACGACGACAAACCGGAGGCGGUGCUGGACGCAGAGGAAGUCGAAGAAGCGGCAGAGAUGGAGAAGCUGCUGCUGCUCGCGAAAACCGUGUUGAUGUCCGAGACGUUAACGGCAUUGAGAGUGUAUCCAUCACCAGCAGGCACGGUAGGGAUGGUCAGAGUGAUGGACCCAGCAGUAGGCUGAACGUUGUUGGCGAUGGCAAAGGAGUUGUGGAAAAUCUCGUUCACGAGCUCCAAGCUGAACACUGGGUCGGUUCCGCUACCGGAGAAUGUGAUGGUCACUGGACUGUUGGAUUGGACAUUGCUCGGAGUGUCGAGAGUGAGGGCAGCAACGAGGGGGGCGAUGACGGCGAGGAGGGUGAGCUUUCCGAACAUCAUGGUCGUGGAGAGAGUCGCAAGGAGACUGAAGAG